AGCUUUCCGUUCUAUCAGUAGCAAUCCCGAUCCGAUAUAUCGAAAGAUGCAGCUCCUUAGCGUUCUCUCCGUUCUCACGAUCCUCUGGUGUGUGGCCAUUCACGCUCAGCAGCCUGACUGCCGGGUCCUGAGGGAGAGAUGCGAGUCCUGUGUGAGGCGACUGAACAAUCCCUCCAAUAAUGUGGAGUUCAUGAACAACGGGUGCCGUGAGAGGCUCCGUCGCACCUACCACUGGAGGAAUCAGACCCGUUGCGAUCUCCAGGUGAUUGCUUGUUCGGCUCAUAGAAGAAAGCUGGAUUGUGCGGUCAUUGCUGAACUCGCUGGCAUGCGCAGGCGUACCUAGAAGUACCUACCUUCCGGCCGGAUGAUACCCCACAAACCAUGCAGAGAUAUUAGAGUGAAUAAAACAUGCAUAUUAUUAAAAAUAUUUUCGACUUGCGUAGAGCUAA